AUGCCGAGCAAGAAACCCGAAUAUCUUGACCCCUUGCUUUUGCCGUCGUUCACAUUUUACCCCAUGCGAUUUAAAAAAUCAAAUCUCAUCAACCAUGAUGAUGAUGAAGAAUGCAUGAUGAACGGUCAAUUAUUGGCUCUGCAGAAAUUGGAGAGAGGAACCAACACAUCUUUCACCAUGUUCAACAAAAUGAAUAUGGAAACAGGACAAGUGGAGAAAAUUGAACCUGGACCCGAUUCUCUGAAAUUUACAUUUACCUGUGAUCGUUGUAAAAUGGAGAAUCAUGAUGAAUGGAUGUACAUGGCCUUUCUUGUCGGAGUGGAGAAGAAAAAGCGAAUGUCGUUGUGGCAAUGUCAAACGGAUUGCAAAUACUCACACACCCCAAUUGGAUCUUUAAAUAGAAAACCUGACACGAAUACUUACGAAUAUUUAAUCUUUAAAAAAUUAAUUGAAAAGUCUUCAAAAUUAGUCGCGCGGCCUUAUUUUCAUGAACCCAAGAAAAAGACAAGUGAUUUUUCAAUUGUGACAGUUGGAAAUGUCAAACAUGGUGACAAUUUGGUUGAAUUAAAACUAGAUACAAACCAUAUCAAACGCAAACCCACAGGAAAAACAGGGAUAGCAAUUACUAUAUACAAAAGAAUGGAUGAAGGUAUUGUUGUAAACGGAGAUUUUAAGUUUGACUAUUAUCAAUCAGAAGGAAUAUUGUAUUUGGGUGAAGAUCGACUCAAAGAAAUGGUCAAUGAAGAUUUUGGUGAUGGAGCAGAAACUGAAGAAGAACAAGUCGAUGAAAAUACUUUUAAUUUUGGUGUUAAUAAUCAUCAUCAUGGUUCGAAUGCUCCAAGUGCACACUCUGCAGUAGUAGAUCAGAUGACACAACAUGAGAACAACCAUGUUGAAUUAAGCUUGACACCAAAGAAACAACUACAGGCGUCAACUGUUGAGAAUACUGGAAAACAGAAUGUACCGUCCAAAACUGCAACACUCACAACCAGUGACCUCAACAACAACAAGGAACUUGUGACAACAUCCAGUUCUGCAUCUGAAGGAACUCAAGUGCAACGCGAAAGAAGAAGAACUCAUAUACUACGUCUUCUUCAUGACACACAACGACCUCAGAACCUCUCACAUCAACAAUUAACCUCCUCACACACCUCUGCAGAAUCAAGCAAUGAUCAACCUAGAGGUACCUCGACAACAGUACAGAACCAUUCCAUCGAGUCUGUCAAUGAAGAAGAAGAAACAACAGAAAACUUGAAGAAUAUAGUGAUGGACAUGAACAAACGUUUGCAACACGCCACACAAUCAUGUUCUCGUCUAAAAACAAUCAUUGAAAAGUUGAAUAUGGACAACAUGAAACUAAGAGAAGAAGCUGAUUCCAACCAUAAAGAGAUGUUGGAACUGUUGGAGGAAAAUACCAUGCUGAAAACCAAGAACAAUGAGCUUCAAACCAAGAAUAACUCUCUGCGAACUCAAAUCUCCAAAUUGAAAAUGGAAUUGGAAGCCAACAAACGAUCCUUGCACGAAAAAGAACAAGAAAUGAAUGAUUUCAAGGACUCCAACAUUAGUAGAAGGAAUGGCAAUGAAUUAUUCAUGCACCAAAAUCAACUCAAAGUUGAAGAGGGAAGAAACCAUGUUAGACGGGAAACCAAAUACCAACAACAGAAUAUGGGAUCUUUAUUGGAAGGUAAAUACAACAUCCCACACCAAACCACCAAAAGACUCAGUCUGUCAAAGAAUCAAGUCGCAUAUGAAUAUGAACCUUCGUCCAAGAAAAGUAAGGGUUGUGAAGAAAAAUUGGUUUCAUUCAAGGAUUCCAAACUACCUAUGAAUGUAAACGAAGUUGUUACCAUUGAAUCAGACACUGACUCGUAA